AUGUCCUUAUUCGGCGGUGAUACCUCCAGGUCCGCUUCACCAUACGAAAGCUCCAGAUCCGAAUCUCUGGUACCGCCAGAGUCGUCGCCGCCGCCGCGUCGAGUUGUGCUGUCCCCGCCUAGCGGCCAGACGUCGCAGCAAGAUGCGCACGAUGACGACAGCGACGACGACAACGAAAGUCACAGAGUCCAACGGCGGAACCGGUUCAAGGGAAACCCGUCGACGUGGAGGAAGCACACGGAAGACGCGAGACAGAUAGCAGCGUCGUUGGACAGAAUCCAAGCGGCGGACCUAUCGGCACAUCUUUACAAUGCGCAUGCACUCAAGUCAUGGGCGAGAUUGCCGGAUCAGCGCCUCAAGGAUGUGAAGGAAUGGCACCAGAAAGAAUCGUGGAUUAAGAAGGGGAAGGCAUUGGAAUUCACAGAUGCGGCUGGAGAGAGGCAGAUUGAGGUCGUUCCUAGGAAGCGAUGGACCGCUUGGCCUCUGGCACCGCAUAGGAUGGACGAGAGUUCCAAUCGUGCAGGGUUAGGGCUGGAGCAGGAUGACUCGGGUGCUGCGGCUGGAGACGAACUCAGAGAGGAGAUGCUCGCAACAUUCUUGCGGAUCGCUAAAGAGAACUGGGUCCGCAGGAAUCAAGCGCAUCUAUCGUCCAUUGUGGACACUGCUGAGGGUGGUUCCAGCAAGCUUGCCAAUCGGUUGAAGAGACUGCGAUCGGAGGAAUCGAUGUCUACUGAAGCGUACGAUACUGCAGCUACGGACUCAGAUGUCGAGAUGCCCGAUAACAACACCCCCCAAGACGACAAGGACCGCAUCGAAGGCGACCCAGAUACGGCGACAGCAACAGCGAGCGGUAACAAACGCCGUGGUCCAAAGCAACAACAACGGUCCGUCCGCGCAGCCAUACUAGCCGACGACGAUAAAGCCCGUCGGCUGCUCAACUCGACCAUCAACUACACGCUGACCCGCUUAGACGGCGUCGCCGCGGCCAUUCGCCGCUCACGAAUGAACCACUUCGGAAGAGGAGCCUACUCAGACACGUCCGGGAGCGAAUUCACCUCGGACGCAGAGUCCACAGCCGCAGAGUCAGACCGACGACGAUCAUCAAGCCGGACGAGAUCGAAAUCAACCACGAAACCCAACAAGCCACGCUCGCAGAAAAAGCUCCCUCGAAAAGAAGCCGCCACCAACGACUCCCCCUCCCCCUCCUCCUCCUCCGCCGCCGCCCCCUCUGACACCGAACAAACCCAAUCCCACCCUCCCACCGACCUUGAAUCCAAGGAGCGGACACCUCGCACCACCAACCCCCCCUACCACCGCCCCCACCGCGGCAGCAGCACCGAAUCCUCCCUCCCACCGGGCGGCGGCGACGCCCCCUCAGGAGGCCAAGCAGGCCUCAUGGACUGGAGCGAAGUCCUCGCCACGGCAUCGAUGACCGGGGGCUGGCCCGCCGGCGCCCUGUCCCGCACCGCGCAGCGCUGCGCCGCCCUCUUCGGAGAAACCAUUUCCUUCCGCGUCUUUGACGAAGGCCUCCCGGCGUCAAAGCCUUUGCCUCCGCCUGUACGCUAUACGCCCUCGACCAUCGCCGCAGCGGAUAUGAUCGCAGCCGUGGAGGCGCAGACACCGGCUAGGCGUCCGUACUUCGAGGCCGGGACCCUGCGGUGUCCGCAUGUUGACUGUCGCGCACACGAGAAGGAUCACGAUAUCCCGUAUCGUGUUGUUGAGCACGUGAAGAGGGCCCACGGGUACGAUCCGAGGACGAAUGACUCGGACAAUGAAGAUAGGAAGGUUGGUGGGGUGCACAAGGAUGGGUUUUUGCAGCCCAUCACGCUAAAGAGGGGAUGGUUGAGUUCAGGGAAGGCGAAGGCGAAGGAUGGUGUCGAGGAGGCUUCUGUAAGGCGGACAAGGAGUGGAGGUGGGAACGGGAAAGCUGAGGCCGACGCAGAGGAUUGA